AACACUCAAAAAGAAAGAAGAAAAAAACUAGCUAUCUAACAAGGGCUAGUCUUUCUUUCUUUGUUUUUCUGUCUUUGUUUUCGCUUUUGCUGCAGAUAUGGGAAGUGGAGAGAAAAGUCUGCGAAACUUCCAUCUGCUCUUGCCUCAUCAUCAUCAGAAGAAGCAGCAUCAACAGCAAGAGAUAAGAGAUGUGCCAAAAGGGUGUUUGGCAAUCAAGGUGGGCCAAGGUGAAGAGCAACAGAGAUUUGUGGUGCCUGUGAUAUAUUUCAACCACCCACUGUUCAUGCAGCUCUUGAAGGAGGCUGAAGAAGAGUACGGGUUUGAUCAGAAAGGAACCAUCACCAUCCCUUGCCAUGUGGAGGAGUUUAGGUACGUCCAAGGCAUGAUUGAUAGGGAGAAGUCCCUCCAUCACCAUCAUCAUGUAAUUGGGUGUUUUAGGGUUUGAUGAUGAUCAAAGACUGCAACCUUUGACCCCUCAAAAUCUCUUUGGGUCAUGUAAAUUUGGAGUCUUGUAGGGUUUGUGUUCCCAUUUUUCUCGGUAGUUGGGCAGUGAUGAUGUUAUAGAUGAGAUGAUGAUGACGACAAAAGGAGUUGCUAGCAAUUGUAAUCACUUUUUUUAUUUUUUAUUUUUUUUUGGUUAGGAACCGUAAUGAUAAAAGAGAACUUCUAUUGCUUUUCUUUU